AUGAGUUAUAAAGAUGACAAAAAGGACUCUGAAGAGCGCGAUCAUGAACGUGAUCGAGAACGCGACCACGACCGGGACCACAGCCGGGACCACAGCCGGGAUCACAGCCGGGGCCACAGUCGGGACCACAGUCGGGACCACGAUCGGGAUCAUGACCGGGACCAUGACCGGGGCCACAGUCGGGACCAUGAUCGGGAUCACAAGAACGAUGGAACAACUUUGUAUGUGUCAAACUUAAGCUCAAAAAUAACGACGUCCAGACUGCAAGACAUAUUUGAAGAGUACGGGACCAUAGAAAAGUGUUACGUCAUCAGCAACCCAAUCACCAGAGAAUCCCGCAACUUCGGAUUUGUCACCUUCAACAAUCCCGAUGACGCUAAUAACGCCAUGAUCAAGGCCGACAAAAUGGACAUUGAAGGUUAUUAAAUGAUAGGGCGUAUUAUUAACGUAGAAAUAGCCAAGCGAAACGAGCCGCACGAUCCAACCCCGGGAGAGUACAAGGGAAUUCAAAAUAUGAUCAAACGAAACGGAAUGAGGUACGAUUUUUAUGGCAGAAGAUACGACAGACCUUUUGACAGAAGAAGAUACGACACAAGAAGGCCCUACCCAUACUACCGAGACCACGUCCAAAGUUUCGGCUACCAUCGCAACAGUUCGUACAGACAUUACGACAGAUACGGAAGGAAUGCAUAUGAUGACCAUCGACAUUACGAUCGAAGGUCCAUAGACGAUAAAUACUACAAGAGGAAUGAUUAUUACAAAAGAAACACCAGGGGCAGUGACGAUGAAAGGGAGUACUCCAGGGAUGACAGUAGAAGAAAGAAACGAUAUGAACGAAGCAGAAAGUCGACCAGUAUUUCGAAUAGCGAGAGGAGACACUACAGGAAUAAUUCUUCCAUCGAAAGGUGA